GAGGUUCACGAAUCCACCUCGUAAACGUCGCCGCGGGACCCGUUACUCGUAAAUUUUGAAAAUUCCCACACUCCCGGUUUUGCCAGUUGCGAUGCGUCGCCAGAAUUGAUUACAGAAACAGGUUUGAGCGUUGAGUAGAAAGAUGAAGAGUGAACGCAUCGAUGCGUUGCCUCGCUGCCGCAUGUGCGAAUUGCACGCUUCAGACGAUGGAGUGUAAGGUUUCGAUUUGAACGGAAAUUCUCAACUGCUGGAGUUCGGAGUGGGGAAAGGAAAAUAUUAGCGGCUGAAAAUAUACGGGUAGAAGCUCUUAUUUCUUUCGACAUUAUUGGUUUUGGAGAUAGAAAUUCAAAACAAUGGGGUCGAGGGGGAACGGGUGCCUUCUUGGGCGGGAGCUUUGGCCGCCCCCAUCGGAUGCAAUAACCAAUCUUCGAUUUUCCAAUCAAAUCGACCAUUUGCUUGUUUCUUCGUGGGACGCUAAGCUUAGGCUGUACGAUGUAGCUGCUAAUGUGCUCAAGGCUGAAUUCGGAAGCCAAGGACCUGUCCUCGAUUGUUGCUUCUGCGAUGACUCUUCUGGUUACAGUGCCGGUGCAGACCAAACUCUUUACAGGUACGAUUUCAACACUGGUGCUGAAACUACUCUGGGUUUGCAUGACGGUGCCAUAACCUCUCUCGAGUACUCACAUGCAACUGGCCAGGUCAUAAGUGGGAGCUGGGAUAAAACAUUACGAUGCUGGGAUGCAAGGAGUUGUUCACUUGCUGCGAGAUAUGCGCAGCCUGCUCGAGUAACGAGCAUGUCUCUUCUUGGACACAACUUGGUUGUUUCCACUAUAGGUCGCCACAUAUUGGUUUAUGAUAUUCGAAAAAUGUCAGAGGGUCAACAGUCAAGUGAAACUCCCCUCAGAUUCCAGACGCGUUCUGUUUGUUGCAAUCCUGAUGGCAGAGGUUUUGCAAUUGGAUCCAUAGACGGACGUGUGAUUAUAGAUUGGUUUGAUCCUUCCGAGGCUCGAGUAAAAAAGUACGUUUUCAAGUGCCAUCCUAAGCCAGCAGCGGGGCCAAAAAUCUUUCACCCUGUUAAUGCUCUCGCAUUUCAUCCGCAGUAUGGAUCACUUGCCACAGGUAGCGGUGAUCGUCACGUCAACUUUUGGGACGUUCACAUCAGGAAACGUUUAUUCCAGUAUUCCAAGUGCCCGAGUCCCAUUGCUUCGCUGGCUUUUAACAGAGAUGGUCGUCUUCUGGCUGUUGGAUCCAGUUGCAGCUUCGAGGAAGGGGAAGAGUCAAAUAGUCCCGUCAAAAUUUACGUGAAGAAUAUAAAUGAAGAAGAGUUGAAACUCGUGGGGAGAACCGUACAGUAAGGACUUCGUCAGCAUAACCGGAACGAAUCCGCCAAAAGGAAGAUGUCGGGCUCCAAGCAUAAGUCAGCAGGCUGGAAUUGGUGAAAUUUAACUUAAGAAGAUGGCUGUAAGGUGAUUGCCCUUGAUGCCUUCUCCAAUUUCUAUUUAUGGGACCACCUUGGUGUGCUGCUAGGGACUUUAAGAGCCAGCAUCUUUCUGGCAUUGUUAGGAUCAGGCACGCAUGCUUCAGGAAUGAAAUUCUACAUCUGACUGGCUCUCCGGGUGGAGAUCAAUGCCAUGUUAGAAAACAUAUCUCCACAUCCACCUAGCCUCCCAACACGUAUAUGUCUUUCGUAGAGCAAGAUUUUAUGCCACGAAACUUAGUUUUGCAUUUUAAAUAGGGAAAGUGGAACAUGGAGGAGAACCACAUUUUGUGGAAUUACAGUGCUGCAGCAGUUGACCUUAUUCCACCUCGCAUCGAGGUCCGCUCUCUUGCAAGAAUUGAGAAACAGAAGGCACAAAAAGGAAUCGUCAUAGUAGAGGUUGGUAGUAGCCGCCAAAUCGAAAUUGUCAGAGCCAGACUCAUGAUGAUGCUCUUGAAGUGUAUUGGCACUCGCUUCACCUCUUGAAAGUUCUGAAAGAUUUUUCAGAUAAAGGCGAAGUCUUUGUAAUAUAACUCUUUGGCAAUAGGCUUCACUUCUGCUUUA